GUGAGCAAAAACUUCCUCCCACAACUGGAACAAUUCUUUAAAUUGCAUUUGAAGACCUCGACGGGGAAAACGCGUUUUUCCCCUCUCCCUCGAUGGCUUCUUUUUGAACGCGGACCCCCUCUUUCUCUCUAGUUUGGUCGCGACCUCUCACGUCCACACGUCCAGCUGAUGCGUUGAGUGCCUUUCUGUUCAAACCGAGCCGUUUUGUCUCGUCUAGCCUCAUUUCCCCUUUUCUUUUCGAGCAUUUUCUCCAUUUCCCGAGGGUCAUUUAACGAGGCGAGGGCAGGUUGUUCUCGUCUCGUCGCUUUUUUAUUUUUAUUUCCUCCGCUCGAGCAGGCCGCGGACUCAUCCCCAGCCUCGCGUAGCCUCCCGCGGCCGGCCGCCAUGGGCGACACCAGCGAGAGAAGCAAGCCGCCCGGCCUCCCUCCCCGCUGUCCCUGCGGCUUUUGGGGGUCCAGUAAGACCAUGAAUCUAUGUUCCAAGUGUUUUGCAGACAUCCAGAAAAAGCAGCCGGGCGAGGACCGCCCUACCAAGAGCGGCAGCCCGUCGCCCGUCUUCGGCGGCGAGACGGCCACGCCCGCCAACGCCGACAAGAGUCCAUCUAUAUCGGCACCGGCUGCCGGGGAACCUUCGCCGCUCUUCGUCGCCUCCGUCGAGGGCACGCUGUCCACGGUGACGGCGCAGGGUACGACGCGCACGCCCACGAAACGCCCUCGAGAGUCCGGUGCGGUCGUAGACUCCGAUCCGGUGACGAGCUUAAUCCGCGCCGGCUCGAACCCCGCCUCGACAUCGGAGAGCGAGGCCACGCCGGAGAAGCGGCCGCGAGUUGAAGCCAAAGAUGGGGAAGGCGGCGGCGAAGAGGAGGAGAAGGCCGCCGCCACCGCCGCCGGCACACCCAAGCAGAAGAAUCGCCGGCGCUGCUUCAGCUGCCAAAGCAAACUGGAGCUAGUGCAGCAGGAAUUGGGCUCCUGCCGCUGCGGCUACGUCUUCUGCAUGCUGCACCGUCUCCCCGAGCAGCACGACUGCCUCUUCGACCAUCUGGGGCGCGGGCGCGAGGAGGCGGUCCUUAAGAUGGUCAAGCUGGAUCGCAAGGUGGGCCGCUCGUGCCAGCGCAUCGGCGAGGAGUGCUCCUGAUGGGGGCCGAGGAUCGCGGGAUCGGACGGAGCUGAGAAGGACCGGGAGGAGGAGCUACUAUUUCGGACACUCGCGCGGCCUUAACCCCGCCCCUCGGUCACCCUUUCUCAUCCACGUGGCGUGGAACUUUGGCCUUCUUGGCUCUCAGGUCGACCGCACCUUCCUCCUACUCCCGUCUCUUCUUCGACACGUUUUGAGCCGGACUUGCGCUCGCGUGGACUGCGGCAGAACACGCGCCCAUCUUCCUCUAUACCGUUCCUCCUCUCACGUGGCAGUUUGUUUUUGUUUUUCUUCGAGUACCCCACAAGCAAUCACUUGACCUCUUCCGAGGCUUCUCUUAAUUUAUUGUUUUUGUCUUUUUUUGUUUUACGGCCGGCGUGUCGUUUGUAUCUUCGCGCGACACCAAUCUUUUCUCCCUCAGCCGGGCUCACGUCGGCGUUCCGACGCUUGGAAAUCUGCCUUCGAGCGAGGACGAAAUUGUGAGAAGACGUCCGACUCGGCGCGUUCAUCCGACCGCUGUUUCUUUUUGGGCAUUAGUUCUCAUUUGAAGACGAGUCGUCUACCAAAUUUCAUGUCGCUAAUUGGCAUGUCUUGAAUUUUCCUAAAAUUCAAAAAAAAAAAUUUUUUUUUUUUUUUUAGACCAAAUUCUAUUUUGCCAAAAAUAAUAAGGUUGGUUUUCAAAGCCAAUUCACCGGAAGGGUCCGUCUUAGGCGACUCCCGACGUCGAGAUCGACUGAGCGAUCGGACGUCGCAAAUUCAAACUGGGCCACUCAGAUUUUUCAGUCGCUCUUCAUCCACGGAAUUGAUUUCGUCGCGGAAACCGGACAAACUCCGCCCGUUUGGGCUCCUCCCCCGGCGCGGAGACAGGCGGCGACGCUAAAGGGAAAAGACUGUUGCAGAUUUUUUUGUUUUGUUUUGGAGUGCUGAUUAAAAAUGAAAGAAAAUAUGGUGUACCUUUUUCAAGCAAAGAAUUAUUUAACCUUAUAUCAAGUUUGAGUUACUUACACCGGCCUAGCAUAAUAGAGUGGCAUAGUUGCAAUGUAUAAUGAAAAAUUGUCCUAUUUUUUUCCCCUUUUUUCAUUUUGGGAUCUCUUUUCUGAUGAGGAAAUAAACUGGAUGAAAGGACGUCUGAUGGAGUUCUGUCAUUUGCUGCUAUUGGCGGCGCUGCACGUCCAAUUCAUUUAGACUGGCAGCGAUCGUCCGAUUGGAUGUCCCGUGCUGCCAAUCAUAGGCGGAGUUUGACUUUUGGGGCAGGGGGUGCACAACAUGUUGAUGACCCCGAAACGCAGUGUCAGCUAUAAAAUUAACUUACAAGAAUAUAAUACAUUGACAAUGAGCGUUUUUUGUUUCCCAUCAUUCUUGAGGGGAAUUCUAAAUCAGGCUGCAUAGGCAAUACUUUUUGCCAAGAUCGUCAUCCAUAGAAUAUGGUGCGCCCGCUGGUGUCGUGCCAAUGUAGUUACCCCAGUCAAAAAUUGUAUCCCCUGGGCGGAGCCAUAUGGAGGUAGAUUUGCGUGUUUAUUAUUUAAUCAAAAAAAGUUGCUUCAAUCAAAAUAUAUUUUCAACCCCCCCCAAAAAAGUCGCUUCAAUCAAAAAAAAAUGUGUUUGAAUGCAAAAAUAAAUUUGAAA